AAAACGAAACUAUUCAGACUAAUAAUCAUAAUUCGUAUGUAAUCCGUGAAAUUGCGAUGUUUUGUUAUCCAUAAAGAUGUUUGUAUAAAAUUUGUUUUGAGAUGCCUUUGUUUGUUGGUGAACGAGCUGUUUCGAGUUCUAUAAACUCGUCGGCUGAAUUGAUGCAAGACUUUCCGGAAUUAGAAAAAACAUCUUGUGAAUUUGCAUCCAAGGAACAGAGGACAUUCGGAAAUGAAACCAUUCUUUAUAUUGGGCAACGUGAAUAUGGAACAGUUUAUCCAAAUGACAAUUCUGUUGACAUUAUUGGGUCAGACAGUGCUACAACAUGCCAAAUAGUUGUUUUAAGACAUAAAGGUUCAGGCGUAUGCAGCUUGGCACAUUUUGAUGGAGUUGGGAUCUCAGAAGCUUUAGCAGAGAUGGUUGCAUCCCUUCAAGAUCACGUCCCAGAGCACAAAGGAAAUAGAAUUGAGAUGCACAUUGUUGGCGGAUUCUCAGACAGUCGUAAAAGCUCAGAAGAUGUUUUUAUGAAAAUUUUACGUGGAGCAUGUCAAACUGCAUUUGAAAUUGAUCUGCUUUGUACUUGCGUGUGUAACUUGAAUGAUACAAUAAUGAAUGGGAAACAUGUGCCAAUAAUUUACGGACUAGGUGUUUUGGUACAAAGUGGUGAGGUGGUUCCUGUGAAGCAGUUUGAUUGCCAAAUACCAGAUGAAAUAUUGAGACAUUGUGUUAUACACAGCUAUGAACAGAAAGUCCUCCAAGUGUACAGUUCAUUAACUCAAGAAGUCAAAAUCAAACCAGUUGAUGUUUUCUGUCCAAAAGAAAUUGCGAUGAGUCGCGCAAGUCUCUCUGAUGAAAUAAUCCUGAAGAAUUUUUCCACAUCGCCUCAUUGCGAGCCUCCAAAUUUUGCUGAGAAGUUAAGAAAAAUGUUCCAGUUUCUUGCAGAGAAUCAGAACAUCCUUCAGAAAUACUUUCCGCGAGGAGAACCAAGACGAUUUAGACUCAACGACAAUAGGGAAUGGUGUUUGGUUGAAAAUAACAGUUAAUAUGACAUUGUAUGAUGAAAUGUCUAAAAGACGCUGCCUGCUUCUGUUUGAUGCUUCCUGCUUAUUGUAGUCUUAACAUCAAGUAAAUAUCAUCGUUACUCUUAGCCGAAACAAUCGAAGAUGAAAUUUUCAAUAUUUAAUGCCGAAAAAUUCACGCAUCUACACUACAAACUACGAUGUUAAAAAC